AUGGCCGUCGACUCGGGCUGGCUCCAGUGGGCUCUGAUCCUCGUCCUGACCGCCCUUCUCCUGUCCGUCGCCGUCCUCGCCCAGACCGCGAGUGCCUACUGGGCCGCCUACGUCGCCGCGCCGCGCGAGAUGGCCACCUUUAUCGACACGGUCGACUUCUCCAUCCAGGAGAACGAGAGCUACGACAAGGACAUGGCCAAGGUCCAGCGCCUCGAGGACAAGAUCCGCCUCGGCCAGCUCCUCCGCGAGAUCCAAAAGUCGGGCGACGACCUGCGGGAGGAGCUCAACUCGCUGCUCAUCGCCGCCGAAAACGUGACCGGCGCCGGCACCAGCAGCGCCAUGCGCACCAGCACGCGCCUGCUCUGGGCCGCCAAGCGCCAGCAGCUUGAGGACCGCGUGCGCCGCCUCGACCUGCUGCGCAUGCGCUUCCUCGUCGUCUACCUCGGCAUCAUCACCUCGGUCGCCGACAGGCAGCCGCCGCCACCGCCACCGCUGCCGAGAGAUAUCGAGAAAACGGCCGCCUUUGCGACGCCGAGCAAGCCGGUGCUGCGAAAGUCGCUCACCGACAGUAUGCCCAAGCGGCCACCUGUCCGCCGCCUCACUAUGCAAGCUAUUGGCCAUCAGGAGACCAUGGCCUCCACGGGGCGCCUCGGCUGGGGAAGUGUCGUCGAGGAGCUGCAGCUCUCGCCGCGCAUGCAUCAGCGCCAUGCUUCCAUCGAGCGAUCCAUGUCCGUCGAGAGGUCUCUGUCCCCACGUGAGAGGGCUUCGUAG